AUGUCUGAUAAGAGAGCUAGGUUCUUAAAGGUGUUUCCAACAAUUGUCGAGGAUUUAACUAAUGCCUUAAAGGCAUACAAAAUGCCACAAGAAGCCAUUGAUUGGUUUACCCGUUCUUUAAAUCAUAACACACCAGGCGGUAAAUUGAAUCGUGGUUUGUCUGUAGUUGACACAUAUCAAAUUUUGACAGGUAAACAAGAUUUAGAUGAUGAAGAAUAUAAAAAAGUUGCCUUACUUGGAUGGUGUAUCGAGUUACUACAAGCCUACUUCUUAGUUGCUGAUGAUAUGAUGGACCAUUCUAUCACCAGACGUGGUCAACCAUGUUGGUACAGAGUCGAAGGCGUCUCCGAUAUCGCCAUUAACGACGCCUUCAUGUUAGAAGCCGCGAUCUAUUAUCUAUUGAAGAAAUAUUAUCGUCAAGAGAAAUACUAUGUUGAUUUGAUGGAAUUGUUCCAUGAAGUUACUUUUCAAACUGAAUUGGGUCAAUUGUUAGAUUUGAUUACUGCUCCUGAAGACCACGUUGAUUUAUCUAAGUUCUCUCUAUCCAAACAUUCCUUUAUCGUCAUCUUUAAGACUGCCUACUAUUCUUUCUAUUUACCUGUCGCCUUGGCCAUGUACGUGGCAGGUAUUACAGACCCACGCGACUUAAAGCAAGCACAAGAUGUUUUGAUCCCAUUAGGUGAAUAUUUCCAAAUUCAGGAUGACUAUUUAGACUGUUUUGGCACACCAGAACAGAUCGGUAAAAUCGGUACAGAUAUUCAAGACAAUAAAUGUUCAUGGUUGAUCAACAAGGCUUUGGAAUUGGCUUCUCCAGAACAACGUGCCGUUUUAGAUAAGAACUAUGGUCAAAAGGACAAUGCAGAAGCCGAGUCGAAGGUUAAGCAAGUGUUCAAUGAAUUGAAUUUGGAACAAUUAUACAAGGACUACGAACAAGACAUUGCUACUAAAUUGAAAGAUAUGAUUGCCAAGACUGAUGAAUCCCGUGGUUUCAAGGGUCAAGUAUUGACUGAAUUUUUAAACAAGGUUUAUAAGAGAGAUAAAUAA